GCAUCGCACUGAGAGACUCACUGGCAUUGGACGCGUUUCUCGCUCCUCUGCGCAUGCGCCCUGUCAGAGCGGAGGAAUCGUGGCUGCGCUAGCAUCGGGUUAGCAUUCGGAGCUAACACACUGGGAGCGCAGUGUGUGCGGAGGGAGGAAGGCGUCCUGCACACGGGGAGGCACUGAGACAACGGCGACUCCAAAUACCCCCAGCUAAUCCUCGAGCUAACCAUUAUCCCUCCAUGCUGCCCGGGGAGGGAAGAUAACGCUAAUAACCCGGCGCUGCCACCUCAAUUAGCAAGGCGGUGUGAGGCAGAUACAGAGGAAGAGGAGGGGGGGGACUGCGUUUUUUUUUUUGAAAGCGUGAAGACGACCCUCUCUUCUCUGACGGAACCACAGGUUUCUUUUAAUAUUGAGGAAUCCAUCUUCAGCAUGAGGCUGCCGAGUCACAGACAAUGUCCGACGGAGGCAGACGGGAAGAAGAUGGACCAAGCUCCGCCGUUCAGGAACCCUUUUGUGCACGUCUUGAAAUUCACCCCCCUGGAGAAGGCGAAGAUUGCGUUGAUGACAGUCACACUAUUCCCCAUCCGUCUCCUCAUAGCUGCAUUCAUGAUGCUGCUGGCUUGGCCUUUUGCCUUCCUGGCCUCAGUUGGGCGCUCAGAGACCGUCGUUGAACCCCAGUGCCUCUGGAGGAGACUGGUGGACAUAAUUCUGAAGAUCAUCAUGCGGGUCAUGUGGUUUGCGGGAGGUUUCCAUUGGAUUACUGUGAAAGGGCAAAAGGCGCUGCCGGCAGAGGCACCCAUCCUCACCCUGGCACCCCACUCAUCUUACUUUGAUGCCAUCCCUGUCACCAUGACGAUGGCCUCGAUUGUCAUGAAGGCAGAGAGCAAGGAUAUACCUCUCUGGGGCACUUUGAUCAAGUUCAUCAGGCCAGUGUUUGUAUCACGGUCAGAUCAGGACUCCAGAAAGAAGACUGUUGAGGAGAUCAAACGCAGAGCUCACUCAGGGGGGGAAUGGCCUCAGAUAAUGAUCUUUCCAGAGGGAACAUGCACCAAUAGAUCCUGUCUAAUCACCUUUAAGCCAGGGGCUUUCAUCCCAGCUGUUCCAGUGCAGCCUGUGGUGAUCCGUUACCCUAAUAAACUGGUAAGAUUCAUAAUUGCACAAGCCCUGGGUGUACCCAUCACAGACUAUUCAUUUGAAGACUGCCAGCUGGCCAUGGCAGAGGGCCAGCUCAGACUGCCAGUCGACACCUGUCUGCUGGAGUUUGCCAAGCUCGUCAGGAGACUGGGGCUUAAACCACGGAACACCGAGAAGGUUCUGCAGGAGUAUGGGAACCGAGCCAGGAAGCUGGAAGGGCAGAAGCUGGACUUGGAUGACUUUGCUCAGUUCCUCGAUGUGCCAGUUUCAGACAUGCUGCGAGACAUGUUUGCUCUUUUUGAUGAGCAUGAAGAUAAUUGCAUGGAUAUCAGAGAGUAUGUGAUAGCCUUAUCUGUCGUGUGCAGACCUGCCAAAACUCUGGAAACGAUGAAAUUAGCCUUCAAGAUGUUUGAGGCAGAGGAGGAUGGUGCCAUCACAGAGAUGGAGCUGGCAGUUAUACUGAAGACAGCUUUAGGAGUGACUCACCUCAGCGUGUCAUGUCUCUUUGCUGCCAUCGACUCUGAAGACACAGGGAAGAUUACAUUUGACAAGUUCAGAUGCUUCUUGGAGCAGCACCCAGACUUUGCUGAGGAGUACCUGCACACAGAUAACACAGGUCUUUACAGCGGCCCCUGCCACGGUCACCAAAUAAAGCCCAGCCUGUCUUCCCUUAACCUGCGAGGCACUGCCACCACAAAAACGUCCAACGGUAUCUGCCCUGAUUUUACCCACAACGACACAAUAGACGGACUCCUCAAGAAACACAUCUGAAAAGGUUAAAAAUGUAGUGGGAGAAAACGUACUCCUCUCCUGGUGAGAGGGUGUUUAUAAGGGGCAAAGGGUUGUUGGUUACAUGUUAUUAACUUGUUUGAACAGUAAGGGACUUCAUUUCGGUAACCAUGAUGACACAAAUGAAGAAGGUUACCUCACCCUUUUUUAUUAAUAUUGUCCAUGAAGUUUUCUGAGGUUAUUUUCAGCCUGGCAACAGUUUAUUUUGUUAUAAAUUCCUUUUUUUUAGUUUUUCCAUAGCAAGGCUCAUCAAAAUGCCAAACACUGGUUGUUUUCGAUGCUUGAAUACUUGAAGGGCAAGCACUUCUAAAGAUUCCUGGGGCAAAUGUUUAUUUUUUUUCUUCUCUCUCCAACAUAGUACUGACUGUGCAUGUUUUUAACAAGUGGGAGGCAAGAAAAAAAAUCGAGCCCCCAGAGAGUGAAGUGAACUAACUUUUAGUGAAAUCAGUGUUCGAUUCUCAUUUUAUUUGAAACUUUUGAUGGUUUCUUUUCUUUAAUGGUAGCUGCCUUUUGAAAGUGCAGAAUGCAUGGGCUCAUAUUAUUUUGAGCGGUAUUGAGGAUUAUUUAUCUUAAGAUGGGAGGCCCGAGGGUACCAGUGACCAUUGUUUGACCACUACAAGCGUUCAGCUUUAGUCGUCACAUUUGAGGUGAACUCAGGUCUCUACGAGUUGAUGGUCAUAAUUGCUAUGAGCCUGAUAUAUAUAUGUAUAAACAUAUAUAUAUACAUAUAAUUAUAUAUUUGAUUUAGCUCAGGGUUCAGUGACAAAAAUGAAAAUUUAAACUUGUAUGAUGUCAUCAUUUUUGAUGCUCACUGGGUUACGUGCAUGUUUUUUUUUCUUAUGACAUCAGUACUCUUCUGCCCAGUCAUUCCUCAUUCACAUAAACAUCCCUGAUGUUUUCUCUUUCAGGGCAGAUUCAAGUGUCUUUUAUUUUUUUAAAUUACACAAUGUGGACCAAAAAUGUAUUGGGUGAUUUAAUGUCACCUGUAAAUGUCCUUAUUUUUCCGUCAGUGGUGUAAUGGCUUUAAAGGAGAAAAUUCACAAUGUGUGACCAUUGAAAGCACAUUCUGUUGGGUGGUGAAGUUUGGUUUUCCAAAGGCAAGGUCAUACUAUUUCCCUUUUCUGCAUUACACUGCUAUACACUUCAAGUAAGUCCUCCACUUUUCACAGCAUACGAUUCCUCAGUCUGUCAGAAAUCUCCAAUGUUCCAGCAUAUUGUCACUAAACAUUGGCUCCUUUGUCACCUGUAAAUUUUCGAUAUUUCAGAUGUGCAUGUUCUUCACUAACUGAAGCUUGUUUUCAAAGUGAAACAAACACCUUUGCUGUUAAAUCACAUGUUAGGGACCAGUCUGGAGAUAUCCAUCUGUGGUAAUGUUUAUGCCUCAGUUUUUUAGUUUUUUUAAAUGAUGGUGGUAUUGGCAUGAAAACAUUUGUCACAAAUAUAAUUCAAGGACUUUAAUAAGCUCUCACUAAACUGACAUGCAUACUCUGGCUAUAAAAUGUAUCAAUUAUUAUAUAACUGGUGGUCCUAUGAUUUCCAGUUGAAUUAUCGUGAAGGAAUAUUUAAGAUUACCAAUUUAUUUAACUUAGUUUAAAAGUAGAACUCUUAAUUUGUCGCUAAUAGUCUUUAAAUUAUUGAUUUAAGAAUAAAGUAACUGGGAAUUCAUACUGGGAAGAAUGUUUGCAAUUCUCCUGACAUUUUUAAAUUGUCCAGUACUUGUCGUUCUUUUUGUCUGAUUUUUAAUUCAAGAAACGUAAUCUGAAAUUACAAUCAAGUGACAAAGUGAUGAAAAAAAACAAACAAAAAAAACUUUUACAGUAAUGCUUAUUCCAAUCAUUUCAUAGAUAUAUUAAUUGUUUUUUUGGGCCUUAAUGUCUCUGGAAACAAACAAAAUUACCUAAAACUAUAAGAAAACACACAAAAUGAAAUGUAACUUAUUUAGAAAUGUACGUACCGUGCUUUAUAUCAUGUUUUAUAGGAAAAUGGUUUGUUAAAGGGAAUACUUCUCCUGAGCAAGUUAAAAUAUGUUUGCUGCCACUUUUAUUUGGGAUCUACUAAAUUUUGCUCACUGGCAAUUCAGUAAGUUUGUCAUGUCAGUGAGCAUCACAUCCCGUCACAUUCAUGACCAUGCGUGCUGUACACGUUUCCCUGUUAUGGCUUUUAGUGAAGCAAUAUUUCACAUCUCUUAAGCCUUCUCAAGACGUUUGCUUUUGAAGAGUUCUGAUAUGUAUUUUGAAUAUUCCAAAUGCAGGACAUUUUGUGAAUUUUUGAUAUACGUAUAUGAAUGAUUUUUAUUUUCACUGCCAUGACAGAGAUCUGUGAUCUUCUCUCCUCUGCAGAUUGUAUUGAUGGUGAAAAUUGAGCCACAUGUUUUUGUUUUUUUUUCCUUUGUAUAAUACUGCAGUUGUUUUGUGCUCUAAUCCUCCUACACAGUGUAAAGUUUUAUUGUUGUUAUAUUAUUACUAUUAUUGCUGAGUUGACUGCUUAAAAACAAAAUGCAGAUUUCAUAUGGAAACCGAUAGCCUUGAAUCUAUAGAAUUUUUAUGCUAAAAAAACAGAAUGUAUAGACAAUCCUGUCACGAUCAGAAGCUACUCAAAGCGCUGAUCUCCAGUGGACGUUUUCCUAACAUGUCACGGUUUUCAAAUGUACACUUUUUAUCCCAUCUCAUUUCUCCUUUUUCGUUACUUUUAAUGCGUGCAGGUUGAACUAAGCAAAGCGUGAGUGUGUUCAGUGUGUCAGGCCUUGAGGUAACGUCUGCCGACCACAUGACGGGCCGCACAAACACUCCAGACUGUACGCACACAUAAGAACUAACAUUUGAUAUGUUCAAUCACAAUCGUUUAGUUCUGCUUUGUCCUUUUGAACUCUCUGUAUUUGUGCUUGCACUUUAGAUUGUUUUCUUUAUUUUAUUUUGAGGAAAUGUCACAUUGCGGUAAAGCAUGGGUUACAGAAUGGUAGCUCACUCCUGUUAUAGUUUUGGAUUCAUGUAUUUGCAAAGGGAGCAUAGACAAAAUUAGGGAUCAGAAAUAACAGAAGCUGUCCUAUCUUCCACAGUUUGUUUUACUGUGUAUUAGGGUUGAGUUACUUUAAAUCACCUUCUAGACCGACUGGUCUGCUUUGUUUCUGGAUUGUGGAAAGUCGAUAGCUUAAAAAUAGAACUCUUAAACGUACAGAACUCAAAAACAUCGAACAGAUUUAAACGACUACAAAUUAUUUGCACUGUGGAAUGGACUAAGUAUUUAAUGUACUCCUGAGUGAUGUGAUUUUUACAACAGGAUGUUAAAUGUUCAAUUCACCCGUUAUGGGGAAAUCCCGCUGUUUUUUGUACAUAAGUGGAGGAAUUCUGAUUGUGAAUUAUGACACAAUGAUAUGAAUCAAUAUUUUAAUGCUGAAAUGUUCUGAGCCACAGUAAACCCCUUCAUGCAGUUU